AUUUAAUCACGGAAGCAUAAUUAUUAUUAGACAUAAAUAUUUAAAAUUUCAAGUUUAAAUAUCGGAGUCAUGUUUCUGAUUGUAGGUACAAUAUCACUAUGGAUAUUUGGUACAUUUUAAUCGUUUUGGAAAUCAUUCCUUUUGCGAAAAGUAGCGGAACUGAAAAUUGUAAAAAUAGGUCAUCAUCUGAUUGCUGCGAAGAUUAUCAUAAAGAGGGCUUUCUGUGUAAACCUUGUAUAGGUUCGUUUGGUGUGAAUUGUUCCGGAGGGUUUUGCACAUCCGGGUAUUACGGCCAUGGAUGUAAAGAAGUCUGUCAUUGUGGCACUAUUCUGUGUGACAGAAAACUCGGAUGUACAAAAGAUAAUGGUCAUGGAGUUUACCACCAUUGGAUUUUCAUUGUGUUUGGAGUACUAGCGAUGAACAGUAUUCUGAUAACAAUUGCUGUCAACGGUUUCAUCUCCACUAGACAAAGGGAUAUCCCUGCUGAACAGGAAAACAGUCUAGAGACACCGAAGAGAAAAGGAAAGCUGAAUAUUUAUGUUGAUGCUUUGCUGAGACGUGUAAGAAGAUCUCCGUCUGAUGAUGAUGAUGACGACACAGACACAGAGAGUCAGAAGGACGGUUACUUGGCCAUGCGCAUGUCCAUGGCUCCACCAAAGGAUGGUAUUCACCAGUUCUCAGACCGUGCUGAGGAGGAAGAUGACGAUGACUUAGAUAACUAUGUCGAGAUGAACUUACAACCAAGUUCAAAUUAGUGAUAGAUAAUGUAGUGAGGAUGUCAGAGUUUGAUUUAUCUUUGAUAUUUCUCAAAUUGAUUUUGAAAUGCCAAGUUGAAUACAUGGUGAUAAAGAUUGAGAUAGUUUGGCUACGAUGAAACCAUUUUAUACAACAUUUAACAUGCUAUGGUCAAAUAUUCACAUGCAAUAGUGAAAUAUUCCUGCUACCGCUUAAUUAAGUAAUUAAGUCGACUUUAAAAUUUUAUCCAGUAGACGUGUUACUGCUUAAUUGUUGUCGUCUCUUUAUGGAAUGAUUAUCUGACAAGAGUUGUUAGAAAAAUAAUUUGUCAUAUAAUAAAAAAGAAUUGACAUUUUUUGUACUUUGGGGGCAGCUAAAUCAUUGUAUUCACCAAGAAAAUGUCGGUAAAAUGUUGUAUUAUAUGACUGAAUGCUAAUUCAAAACCUAAAAAUCAGCAAUUAGACUCUUCGAAACGAUACCUGUGCAGCCAUAUUUGUUUACCGUUAGGGUACAAGACCUAGUCGAAAGUAACUCGAGACGCCGUUUUAUAUGAUUGAAAACAUGGAAACAAGCUACAAAAAAACCUACAAAACGAUACUUAGUCGGCCAUCUAUGGUCACAACUACAGUGCAAGAUCUAGUUCAAAGUGAUCAGAAAUAUGUUUUCAUUGGACGACCGAAAACAAAAAAUGAUAACUAAUCGCAUUAAUUUGGGAAUUCCCAAAUUAAUUUUGCUCCGAUGUUGGAAAUAUCAAAUCUUAUAUUCACCUCCAAGGCACGUGAAGGUGAACAUAACUUUGUUUCUAGUUUGUUUGACCCCAACCAAUCAAAACGCUCAGAAGUAUAUAAACAAACUAAAAUGACAAGAUACCGAGUUCCUAUAUUUGCAGAUUAUUUCCUGAAAUGUCGAUUAAUAGAUUUGAAAAGUCAAAAUGAAGAUUUGACAGGUUACAAUAACCAUAUAAAGUUACAUUAAUAAAUUAACAAGUAGUUGCAGAAAAAUGCAAACAAUAGAUACGGACCACGAAGUGCAAAUUCAGAGAUAUCAACAGAAGUAAAAUGUAUUUACCAGCAUUUUAUAGUUCAUAUUUUAAUUCAUUCUUGACCAUCGGCAGUUGCUCUUAUUUGUAUAAUGUAUGCAGUGUGUGUGCCUUCCUCUCACGUGGUGGGAAAGAAAACAAUGAAAUUGGCACAUGUAAGUUUAUCGACUGUAGAGAUAGGAGUAAGGAAUAGAAUAAAUUCAUUAUGUUAGAUCAUAUGUAAAACACUAAAGUGUAAUUAUAUAAGUAUGUACAGAUUCAAGAACUGUUGGUAAAAUAGCACAGGGUAUGCUCUCAAGACAGUCACGUGGUCUGCACUCGGCUCGUUUCGGAAAGAAAGUGUGUAAAAAGACAGACUGUAUUUUGAAACUACAUGUAUUUUCAUUUAUAUCUUUACAAUCGAAGAUUUUGCAUGCAUAGCUAAUAGUCCCUCCCCCAUUUUUAUCCAUAGAAUAUAGUAGCAUUAAUAUCUUCUCUAUUAAAAUCUAACAGAAGAAUAGGAGUAUGUGUGCCUUUUAGUUCUCCCAUUACCGUGUGAUGGUAUAGCUAUAGAUGUAUACAAUUCGUUCUUAACUGAAUUCAGAUUGUGUUGAUUUACAUAUUGUUUGUUUCUGACCAAUUUCUUACUUUUUUAAAACUUACCUUACUAACUUCAAUUCCUUCGUGGGAGUUGGUAAUUUGAGAAAACAAAUUUGAUGUAAGGUGAAAGCUAUUCAAUAAAAAUACAAACAAUAAAUAUCAUGACAUUCAA